AUGUGCAACGCCGCCGGGACCGACGCCUCCUUGGCGGCGCCGGCGCUGGCGCUCGGCUCUUUCAAGGCCGCCGCGCACCAGCUCCUCCACCCCGUCGACGGCGACGAAGGCAGCGGCCAUGCCCUGCAGCUCUCCAAGGUGGCCGGCGAGGCUCGGGCGAUCGGCAGGGUGUCGGUGCCGAUGGCGGUCACGGGCCUGGUCAUGUACUCCCGGGCUCUCAUCUCCAUGCUCUUCCUGGGCCGCCUGGGCGAGUUGGCGCUGGCCGGCGGCUCCCUGGCGCUUGGCUUCGCCAACAUCACCGGCUACUCGGUGCUCUCGGGGCUGGCGCUCGGCAUGGAGCCCAUCUGCGGCCAGGCCUUCGGCGCGCGCCGCGGCAAGCUGCUGGCGCUGGCGCUGCACCGCACCGUGCUGCUCCUCCUGGCCGUGGCGCUGCCCAUCUCCGCGCUGUGGGUCACCUCCACGGGGUGCGUGCUCAAGCUGCUGGGGCAGGACGAGGGCGUGGCGGACGCGGCGCAGACGUUCGCGGCGUACGCGUCGGCCGACCUCGCGGUGCUGGCCGUGCUGCACCCGCUGCGCGUCUACCUCCGAUCGCAGAACCUGACGCUGCCCAUCACGGCGUGCUCCCUCUUCUCCGUGCUGCUGCACGGGCCCAUCAACUACCUCCUCGUGGUGCGCCUCCAAAUGGGCGUCGCCGGGGUGGCGCUGGCCGUGGCGCUCACCGACCUCAACCUGCUCCUGGCACUCCUCUGCUUCCUCGCCAUCUCGGGAGCGCACAGGGACUCGUGGGUGGGCCCCACCCUGGACUGCCUCCGGGGCUGGCCGGAGCUGCUCCGCCUGGCGGUGCCCACUGCCACGGCGGUCUGCCUGGAGUGGUGGUGGUACGAGCUCAUGAUCGUGCUGUCGGGCCUCCUGGCCAACCCGCGCGCCACCGUGGCGUCCAUGGGCAUCCUCAUCCAGGCCACGUCGCUCGUCUACGUGUUCCCGUCGUCGCUGGGCCAGGGCGCGUCCACGCGCGUCAGCCACCAGCUGGGCGCGGGCCGCCCCGCGGGGGCGCGGCGCGCCGCGGGCGCCGCCCUCUCCAUCGGCGUGGGCGUGGGUCUGGCGGCCGCCGCCUUCAUGGUGUCCGUGCGCUCCCACUGGGGCCGCAUGUUCACGUCGGACGCGGACAUCCUCCGCCUGACGGCCGUGGCGCUCCCCAUCGCGGGCCUCUGCGAGCUCGGCAACUGCCCGCAGACGGCCGGCUGCGGCGUCCUCCGCGGCAGCGCCCGCCCGGCCAGCGGCGCGCGCAUCAACCUCGCUUCCUUCUACCUGGUGGGGAUGCCGGUGGGCGUGGCGCUGGCAUUCGGCGCCCGCCUGGGCUUCGCCGGCCUGUGGGUCGGCCUCCUGGCGGCGCAGGCCGCGUGCGCCGUCUGGAUGGCGCGCGCGGUGGCGGCCACCGACUGGGACGUCGAGGUCGGACGCGCCAAGGAGCUGACGAAAGCCAGCAGCACCAGCAACAACAACCACAGCGAGUGCAACACCAGCACCACCACCUCCUCGGCAUCGUCUAGUGAUAUAUCCACUGUGAUCGCCACUAGCAACAGCGCUGCCGGGUGCAAGAAGAACAACGGCUACGUGCCAAUCAGCGAGAGCUGCAGCAACGACAGCGAGCUGGAGAAACUGGAGGAGGGCCUCAUGACCAGCGACGACAUCCCUAGUGCCAGCGUCAGCGGUGACACCGAUGCCGUGGUUAGGGAGAACCGCGGCAGCGGCAGCAACGGCAGCGGCAGCAGCUGCAAUGACAGUGGCGCUGCUGGUACGGCGGCGACGGAGGGAAAGGAGCAGCAGAGGAGAGGCGGGUCGGAGCGGGGCCCGCUCAUCAGUGUGUCGGACGGGGAGCACGAUGGCGACAGCCGUGGAGGUGGCGGCCAGGUCUAA